AGGCUGAGGUGUCCGGUCUGCUCCGACACCCGCAUGGAGCUCCUCUUCUGCCUUCCCAGCCUGCUCCGGUCGCCCGGCGAGAGACCGCGGACCAGGUGGCGCCGCUCCCGCGGAGACUGAAACCCCCCCCCGGAGGCGAAAACGGAAGCAUGGGCGUCUCGCGGCACUUUCUGGGUGUCCUCGUCGGCAUUCUGGUGGGGGUGGUGUUGUCAUAUUGUUAUUUCAAGAUUUUUUUUGAGAGUCAAUCUCCUGGACGAUACACCCCAGAUUAUUUCAAGAUUUAUUUUGAGAGUCAAUCUCCUGGACGAUACACCCCAGAAAGACACUGCGAUGCCAUUCCCAAGAUAAUCACCAGUCCGGAAGGGUUAGUUUACAAGCAGACCAGAGUAUUGGAGCCCCGGAGGAGAGACGUGCUGACCGUCACCCCCUGGCUGGCUCCCAUCGUCUGGGAAGGGACCUUUGACCCCUUGAUCAUCGACAGCAUCUACAAGCCCCUCAAUGUCACCAUAGCGACCACCGUCUUCGCGGUCGGCAACGUCGACGACGUGUACCGGCUGGUCAAGACCUGCGAGGAGAACCUGCUGGUGGACAAGAGGAACGACAUCGAGGCGGCCUGGCAGGAGGAGAGCCACCUCAACAAGUACCUGAUCCGCCACAAGCCCACCAAGCUGCUCUCCCCCGAGUACAUCUGGGACGACAAAAGGCAGCAAGUGAACGAGAUCAAGGUCAUCCGCUUCUCGACACUUUAUAAAAACCUUGCAGAAGUGCGGGAUAACUAGACCCCACUAAGAUAAGUCUUCAUUUUACCGCAGAGUGGUCUGGAUUCGCCUGGUGUGCGUUAUAACGCCUAAUCAUUCUCGCGUGCGAAGUGUGAUGGUAACAGUGCGGGCAGUCAAGUGAGUCUUUAUGAGUGAAUACAAACUCAUCCUGGGCCUUGGUCUUCGCCUUCCCCAGAAAGGUAUCCCUCAAUGAGAUCGAAACACCUUCCGUCUCGUUAUCGUAAAUUGAUUGCUUGAGGACAAAACCUUGAGAAGAGAAGCACAAACUGUCCACUCAAAAGAUACUCACAAUUUAUUGCCAUCGUGCCGCUGGAAAAAAAGCUGGUCUCAUUUCUCCACUCACAGAAGAGCGUAAAACAUAUAGUAUUAAAAAUACCGGACACCUUCUGUUGAUUUUUUUUUCUUGCUUUAAUAGUCAAUCCUCAAUCGUUGUGAGGGGGCAUUUCUUUCACUUUUUGAUAAGAUUUCCCGCUGACCAAGGUGGCCGACAGGUGAGGCCAGUCACAGGUUUGCGGAUCAGCAAUCGCUGGAGCAGGGAUCGGCUGCGCACCCUGUUCCAGGCUAGAGAAGCAGAGCACUGAACCAGGAAGUGACGAGUUAAUAAAAGGAGGAUGGAUGUUGUGCGAGAGUCAGCGAGAGCCAGAAAGAGAGAAAAUGAGUCUCAUCUAAAAGUUUGCGCUGGCGCUGGAGCUACUGCGCAGUGAUGGAAACUGCUGAAACAAUGAGGAAAACCAUUAGGUUGGGAUGUGCUAAAAGCCACCGCACGGAGUAAGGAAUCUCUGUGCUAUCACAGAAGACGUAUGAUUAUAAGGGAGUUAAGUUCUAGCUUCAGUGCCUUCUAGUAGCCCCAAGAAGGGGCUGAUUUUGUUUGCUUUAUGAUUUUGUUUGAGGCCGGCGACCUUUGUAAAUAGACCGCACUUAUAAAUAAAUUACCCAGAAACCUUCA